AUGAGGGAGAGAGUUUGGAAGCUCGAUGAAGAUCGCCGGAGGUUCGCCGGAGAUGGGAGAGACGAUGAACAGCGAAAGGAAGAAGUUGGGGUAGAAGAGGUGGACGACAAAGUUGCCCUCACAGCCUUUAUGGGAGGACUACAGACUUCUAAGUUCCUAUUUUCCUUAUCAAAAGAAGCCCCUACAAGCAUGACAGAGGUUAUGGUUAGAGCGUGGAAGCACAUGAACGCUGAGGAUGCUAUGAAUGCACGAAAAAACAAAGAUGAUGAAGAUAAGAGGUCGGAGAAGAAGAGGCCAGCACCUAACACUAGGGAGGAAAAGGAAUCGAAGUACAAGAAAUUCUCAAACAAUCAGGCUGACAGAUCGUCACGCCGCCCAAUUCAAGAUGACGCAUCAUUGAAAUGGCCGCCAAAGCUAAAAGCUGAUCCAACAAAGAGGUCUCUAGGUAAAUACUGUAGGUUUCACCGGGACCAUGGACAUAACACAGAAGAUUGUUUCGACCUCAAAAACCAGAUCGAGAACCUUGUUCGUAAAGGUCAUUUACGCAAAUUCACAACUAGAAAUGGAAAAGGAGGCUCUAACCCAGCCCGGGAGGGCCAAGAUGAUCGCCCUCCUCAACACCAACCAAUGGGUGAGAUCAAAGUUAUAUCGGGUGGCUUCGCUGGUGGUGGUGAGACAAGUUCGGCUUGGAGGGCUCAUGCUAGGAGAAUUCGGAGUUUUUUAGAGGUGAAUGAAGUUGGAAUGACAAGUCCUCCAACAAAAUUACCUCGAGUUGAGGAGCCGGUCAUAACCUUUUCUGAAGAAGAUGACAAAGGAAUUCACCAGCCCCAUGAUGACCCUCUGGUAGUUUCCAUGGUCGUUGCUAAUUUCACUGUUCGACGAAUACUGAUAGACAAUGGUAGCUCGGCUGACAUACUAUUUCUUAGGGCGUACGAGAAAUUGAAAAUUGGCCGAGAGAAGCUCCGACCCAUGAAGUCACCACUGGUGGGAUUUUCAGGUGACAAAGUAUAUCCGCUGGGGGCAGUUACCCUUCAAGUUACUGCAGGAGCCAAUCCAAAGCAGGUCACUGUAAUGGUGGACUUUGUAGUGGUGGACUGCCCAUCAUCAUAUAAUUUUAUCCUGGGGAGGACAACAUUGAAUGCCAUGAAAGCAAUCACGUCCACUUACCAUCUCUUGAUGCAUUUCCCAACUGAAUAUGGUAUGGGAGAGCUAAGAGGGGACCAAACAAUAGCUCACGAAUGUUAUGUCGCCUCUCUCAUAAAACAAAAUCGCAAGAGGCAUUUACGAUUGAAGGGCUGGAAGGGAAAGAUAGACCAGACUUUCAUAGAGCAGAACCUACAGAAGAGCUAG